UACUAAAAAACGAAAAAGCAUCUUCUGUAUUCCUCUAUCCUCAGCUAUAAUACCUAGCAGUAGCAUCACAUAGCUCCAUCUCGCUCAAUCUUUCACUCACUACUGUUCUAUUUCCCUUUGCAAUCUCCCACCAUUCUUCUAUACUAUAAUGGCGAAGCCAUUCGUUUCGCUGCUAUCUGCUGCACUUUGUUGUGUCUAAGCACAUUUGCAACUUUUACCCACUCUUUACGCUUUGUUUCCGAGUAGAAUAAGAUAACGUCGGAGAAACAGAUGAAUAGUGCGCCAGCAGCAAGUUUGAGAAUGGAUUACCGGCCGCCGUUCACUGCAUCGCAAUGGGAAGAGCUUGAACAUCAAGCCCUCAUUUUUAAGUAUCUUAUUGCUGGAAUCCCUGUUCCGCCUGAACUCCUGAUCCCGAUUCGAAGAAGCUAUGAGUCAAUGGCGGCAAGCUUCUCUUCCCAUUCUUCUCUGAGUUAUUGCUCUUUCUACGGGAAGAAGCCGGAUCCAGAGCCUGGUCGAUGUCGCAGAACUGAUGGGAAGAAAUGGCGGUGUUCUAAAGACGCUUACCCAGAUUCAAAGUACUGUGAGCGGCACAUGCAUAGGGGCCGCAAUCGUUCAAGAAAGCAUGUGGAAAUUUCUCAAACUGUUUCUCAGUCUCAGUCACUGUCGUCGAUGGCGACUAUUCCACUUGCUGCUACUGUUGGUGGGACCUCCGGCAGCGGCUCCUGCAGUGGGAGUUUGCAUGGCCUUCCUUUUGGUUCUGCAGCAGUGGCGGGGUCGUCUCAAGCUCAGAUUGAUCCCGCUUCAUAUGGAAUAACGACCAAGGAUUUUAGGUACAUUAAUGAAUCGAAACCUGAGCUGGACAAGUGUAGUUUCUUCUCAGAAGCUUCUAGAACUGGGAGAGAUCUUUCCAUGAACUCUUCAUUCGACAAUUCAUGGAGCUUGAUGCCAUCCUCGAUCUCUUCAUUUCCAGUAUCCAAAGAGAGAGACGACUCUUUCAUCCAGAACAAUUACCUUCAGCUUCAACCAAUGCAAGAUCUUAGGUCUGUCACAGUUAGGUCCAUGCAUCAACAGAACCAGGAUUCAUUCUUUGGGAGCGAAUUUAGUUCAUUAGAGCCAACUGUCAAAAUCGUGCAACCACUCCGAGCCUUCUUUGAUGAAUGGCCAAUGAAGAGGGAUUCAUGGUCUGAUCUAGAAGAGGAUGAACGGUCAAAUCGUGCCUCAUUUGCCACCACUCAGCUCUCCAUUUCGAUACCGAUGGUCUCUUCUGAUUUCUCAUCCACCACUUCCUUAUCACAAAAUGAUGAGUGAAGAUGGCCUGCUACUUAUUCAGUAACUUUGAAUUUAUGUUCUUAAUGUGAACUAAUUUUAAUUAAGAAUAUUGCUACUAAUGUUCUUCACUGUAACUUCAUGCUUGCCAUUGUCUUGAAACAAUGAAGUCACUUGAUUUUCAUGUGCUCAAUUUUGUAUGCAUACAUUUUCAACGCUGUGACUUUCUGUGCUAAAGCUAACUGGUAGCAAUUCUGGGGGAGCUUUAAACCAGAGAUAGUUAAA